UCUUACGGCCCCAGAGCAGAUCUAGACAUGUUCAGGAACUAUGGAGCGGGCAGUACGGAUGGCCCGGGAUCCUCGUACAACCCUCGCCCUCAGCACCCUGCCCUGCGCAGCAUGGGAUCGGCCGUCGUUCCAGGGACUCCGGGACCAGGGCAGCCGCAGCAGAAGUUCACUCCAGGCCCAAGUACAGGGGCUGGCAGCUUCAUUCCCAGUCUCAACACCAUCACCUCCAGCCAGGUCCUGCAGUGGAUGGUCUCGCCCUCCACCUCCACAGCUGCCCCGUACGCCUGCCCCUCCCCCUCCUACCCCACCGGGGCCCGCCCGGGCGUCAUCCGCACCAUUGGGCCCACGCCUGGGAUACGCCGGAGGCACAACGAGCAUAUGACCCCUGAGGAAGAGGAGCGGCGCAGGGUAAGACGGGAAAGGAACAAACUGGCUGCAGCAAAAUGCCGGAACCGGAGGAAAGAACUAACGGACUGUUUGCAAACGGAGACAGACAUGCUGGAGGAGGAGAAGUCAGUCCUGCAGAAGGAGAUUGCAGAGCUGCAAAAACAGAAGGAAAGACUCGAGCUGAUCUUGGAGGCCCACAGGCCAGUGUGCAAGGUGCAGAAUGAGUCCUCAGGAGAAGAGGAGGAGCAAGGGGGGCUGCCUGCCCCACCCCCUGUCAAGCAGGGGUCCCUGGAGCAUCCACCAGCAGUCCCACGUCGGCAACCCCCCAGGGUGCCUCCACGGAUCAGCCUUCCCCCCAGCGGGGUCCUGGAGCCUGAGGCCUUGCACACUCCCACCCUCAUGGUCACACCCUCACUAACUCCCUUCACUCCCAGCCUGAUCUUCACCUACCCUGCCACAGGGGAGGGGGAGCCUCCUGCUGGCUCAGCCUUCACACCUGAGCCCUGCAGUUCUGCCCACCGGCGUGGGAGCAGCAGUGGUGACCAGUCAUCUGAUUCCCUCAACUCCCCGACCCUGCUGGCGCUCUGACAGGCCUGGCUCCCCCCAGCCAUGUUCUUCCUGCUUGAGAACCAGCCUUGUGACCAGGAACCUUCCAUGUGGUUCCUUCCAGACCAUUUUAGAACUGUUCCCUGUCAUCUCAGAUCUUUCUGGAACCAUCCACCUCAGAUGUGAUAUCAUUCUAGGCCAUUCCAGCACUUCCUCCAUUAUCCCAAUUUUCUGAUUAUUCCAGAUACAUCUGGAUCUCCACUUCCACUUAGACUAGUGGCUACAUCUACACUGUGGCAGU